UUUUUUCUUACUUUUAUCACGUGUUAUUCAACAAAAAUACUUUCCACUUUAGAUCCAGACCAUUUAAAUGUGUAUAUUGCUAGAGGAAAUACCUGCAAGUAAAGGCAAUAUUAUCUCCCACAAUUUAGCCUAAUUUUUUAUAUUUUUGUUAAUUCACAUGUCAUCUUAAGAUUGCAUUAGCAUCUUCAGACACUGUCAUUUUUACAUAUAAAUACAAGAUUUUGUGAAAUCAACAGAAACCAAGAGCCUUGCUUUUUUCAAGAUGGCAGUUUUAGAACAAAGUGAUCAUCAACUUGAGCAAGGAACAUUGUCUUUCUUGAUAGAAUCUUUGUUUUGUGAUGAACAAGUUGAGGUUGAGAGCUUAUUAGAAGGAGAGAUUAGUAAUAAAGAUUACAACUUUGUCGAAAAUUCGAGAAAUCAAACAAGCCCUCCUCUGGUUUUGGUGGAAAAUGAUUUGGCUUGGGAAGAUGAAGAGCUGGAUUCUCUGUUUUGUAAAGAAAGGCAAGCACAUUUCUGUUUUCUUGGUGAAACAAUGGGAUCUUGCUCUUUAAAUGUGGUGGAUAGAGGGAAUGCUGUGGAUUGGAUGCUAAAAGUGAGAGCCCAUUAUGGAUUCUCAGCUCUUACAGUAGUUUUGGCCAUGAAUUACUUUGAUAGAUUUGUCUCCGGUGUCGAGUUUCAAGAAGAUGAGCCCUGGAUGGUUCAGCUGGCUGCUGUCACUUGUCUGACACUGGCUGCAAAACUUGAGGAGACCCAAGUUCCCCUUCUACUUGACAUUCAAGUUGGAGAGUCAGAAUAUGUUUUCGAGGCUAAAACAAUUCAGAAUAUGGAGCUUCUGGUGAUGUCGACUCUCCGAUGGAGAAUGAGUGCAGUGACCCCACUCUCAUUUCUUGAUCACAUCACAAGGAGGCUUGGUUUAAAGAGUGAUCUCCACUGGGAGUUCUACAGAAAUUCUGAAACUCUCCUCCUAUCUGUUGUAGCAGAUUGGAGAUUCACAAGUUAUUUACCGUCUGUGCUGGCCACUGCAACAAUGCUUCAUGUUAUACAUCAAGUUGAGCCCUGCAAUGCCAUUGAAUAUCAGAAUCAGCUUCUGGCUAUUUUCAGAACCACCAAGGAGGAAAUUAAGGAAUGCUGUGAACUCGUUUCGUAUGUAUCAAACAGUUUUUACGUAAAUGGAAAUAAUUCUCAGAAGAGAAAGUAUGAAGAAAAUUUUGAAAUCCCAGGCGGCCUUAGCAAGACUACUGAUGCAUCUUUCAACACUAAAUCUAAGAUUCACAAGAGACAGUGUGAAGAAGAAAAAGAAGUAAAUUGUGAAAUCCCAAGCAGCCUUAGUGGGAUUACUGAUGCAUCUUUCAGCACUGCUAAUUCUGCAGAUAAUGAUAUUUCCAGUGCAUGGUCAGUUUCAUGUUCACCAGAGUCAGCAGUGAAACACCAAAUGAUUAAAAAACAGAAGUUGCACAUGCCAGCACUCAGAAGUUUGGCAAUGGAUAUCUUUUAAGUAUUUCUUCUAUGCUGAAAUUUUAGCACUUUGUAUAUAUGUAAUGGAAGUAGGGAAAGCAAGCAAAGUAGCUGGUUUAAAGAGAGAAAUGUUAUAGGUGUCUCAUAUUUUAUACUGUAUUUUCUAAUCUGAAAAUCACUAGUAUAGAUUUGAGACUAACAUUACUCUCUUUUUUAGUUUAUUUUGUAGUAUUGUUGUUGGUACUCGAUAUUCCAAUUCUUUAAUGCAAAGGCGUAUUACAGGA